GUCCCUUCGCCUCCCCGCCGCCGCUUUAUCCACCCCCCUCCUGGUGUUUCUCCCCCCCCCCCUUUCCCGGAUUAGGCGGCGAUCAAUCCUUUCUCCCCGCCGCGGUCUGUUGAGAAACAGGUGAUCCUCGUUAGCGGCGGCCGGUUCGCGGAUGCGGUUCGCUCCUCGAAGGAUGGUGGUACCGGGCGAGGCUCAGUCGGCGUAACUUCUGCUUGGCAAGAGGAGAAACUUUCUGCCCCGGUUCGAAGGCGUUAAAAGCGCGUAGCGUUAAAAAGCAGAAGGAGUUGGUUUGAAAGCUGAACUUCACUUUCCUGGGAUUUGUGUGUGUCAGACUCAAAGGCUGCGUCGUUUUUGCUUUUCUUUUUUUGUAUUUUUUUUUUUCUUCCCUUCUCCUUUAUCUCCCGAAAGGAAACUGUUGCUAGUUGGAAUAGACUUUUUAAAUGUUUGGGAUUCAAGAUACUUUAGGAAGAGGACCAAUUCUGAAAGAUAAAUCUCUAGGUUCUGAGAUGGAUUCCGUCAGGUCCUGGGUCAGAAACGUUGGGGUUGUGGAUGCAAACGUAGCAGCACAAAGCGGAGUAGCUUUGUCCAGAGCCCACUUUGAAAAGCAGCCACCCUCCAACUUGAGGAAAUCCAAUUUCUUUCACUUUGUUCUGGCUCUCUACGACAGACAGGGGCAGCCCGUGGAAAUAGAGAGGACAGCUUUUGUGGACUUUGUAGAAAAUGAUAAAGAGCAAGGCAACGAGAAGACGAACAACGGCACACACUACAAACUGCAGCUCCUCUACAGCAACGGUGUCAGGACCGAGCAGGAUCUCUAUGUCAGGCUCAUCGACUCGGUCACCAAGCAGCCCAUAACUUACGAGGGACAGAACAAGAACCCCGAGAUGUGCAGAGUGUUGCUCACCCACGAAGUCAUGUGCAGCCGGUGCUGCGAGAAGAAAAGUUGUGGCAACAGGAACGAGACUCCGUCCGACCCCGUGAUCAUCGACAGAUUCUUCUUAAAAUUUUUUCUCAAGUGCAAUCAGAACUGCUUGAAAACAGCAGGAAACCCAAGAGACAUGAGACGGUUCCAGGUUGUGCUAUCGACAACAGUGAACGUUGAUGGGCACGUGCUGGCAGUGUCUGACAACAUGUUUGUUCACAACAACUCCAAGCACGGACGGAGAGCGAGGAGACUUGACCCCUCAGAAGCCACCCCCUGCAUCAAAGCCAUCAGCCCCAGCGAAGGGUGGACCACGGGCGGGGCCAUGGUCAUCAUCAUCGGGGACAACUUCUUCGAUGGGCUGCAGGUCGUCUUUGGGACCAUGCUGGUGUGGAGUGAGCUCAUCACCCCUCACGCCAUCCGAGUCCAGACGCCUCCCCGGCACAUUCCCGGCGUGGUCGAAGUGACAUUAUCCUACAAAUCCAAACAGUUCUGCAAAGGUGCACCAGGCAGGUUUAUUUACACAGCUCUAAAUGAACCUACCAUAGAUUAUGGCUUCCAAAGACUGCAGAAGGUCAUCCCAAGACAUCCUGGUGACCCUGAAAGACUAGCUAAGGAGAUGCUGUUGAAACGAGCUGCUGACCUGGUGGAGGCCCUGUAUGGGACACCCCACAACAACCAGGACAUCAUCCUGAAGAGAGCUGCCGACAUCGCCGAGGCCCUGUACAGCGUUCCCAGGAAUCCCGGCCAGCUCCCGGCGCUGUCCAGCUCCCCUGCCCACAGCAGCAUGAUGGGCAUCAACUCCUACGGCAGCCAGCUGGGCGUCAGCAUCUCCGACUCCACCCAGGGCAACAACCAAGGUUAUAUCCGGAACACCAGCAGCAUCUCCCCCCGGGGUUACUCCUCCAGCUCCACCCCCCAACAGUCCAACUACAGCACGUCCAGCAACAGCAUGAACGGCUACAGCAACGUGCCCAUGGGCAACCUGGGCGUGCCGGGCUCGCCGGGCUUCAUCAACGGCUCUCCCACGGGAUCUCCCUACGGAUGUACGGCCCUGGCCUUCCCUCCCCUGCUCCCUCAGCCCACUCCCUGA